AUUUACAUACCGAAGCUUAUACAGGCAACAUGAAAUUUCAAUUCUAAUCAUAAUAGCAUAAAAAAUACUUGUAGCUAAAUUUUGCUUAAAAUAAGUUGUCUAGAACAUUUUUCUGCCCAAAACUAUAAUUUUAUUCUUUUGGGGGUUCCUUUUUUUGUUAAACCGUGUUGCUUGUAUUUAACCAGAAGAAUACAUUUUGAGAAAUAGUUACAAAAAAACACUUCUCAGUUCUCAUCGACUAUCCAAACAGGCUCACGUUGACUCUUGAGUGAGUGGUCGGAACAGUACCAAGUAGUGUAUGCGCUAUGUGGUUGUUCAACACAUCACAAUUCCUUCACAUCUUCUCUCUUACCUUCUUCAUUAUCAUUACCUCUUCACUUUCACAAUCCAACCAGGACCAGUUUUGUGAUGCUGGAACUGAAAUUCCAUCAUCCAAGUUGUUGAUCAAGAGUGGCACAGUUGUGAAUGCUCACCACCAACAUAUUGCUGAUGUUUACGUGGAAGAUGGCAUCAUUGUUGCCGUUAAUCCUAACAUCAGGGUUGGAGAUGACGUCACUAUCAUAGAUGCCACAGGCAAAUAUGUCAUGCCAGGGGGCAUUGAUCCUCACACUCAUCUAGACUUUGAUGUUGUUUUCACUACAACGGUUGAUGACUUCUUCAGUGGCCAGGCGGCAGCAUUGGCGGGUGGGACAACAAUGCACAUUGACUUCGUUAUACCACUUAAUGGGAGUUUGACAGCAGGUUUUGAAGACUAUGAAAAGAAGGCAAAGAAGUCUUGCAUGGAUUAUGGUUUCCAUAUGGUUAUUACCAAAUGGGAUGAAACUGUUUCGAGAGAAAUGGAGCUCGUGGUCAAGGAGAAAGGUAUAAACUCUUUUAAGUUUUUCAUGGCAUACAAAGGAGCUCUUAUGAUCAACGAUGAGCUUCUUCUGGAAGGAUUUAAAAAAUGCAAGUCUCUUGGUGCCUUAGCUAUGGUACAUGCGGAAAAUGGGGAUGCUGUGUAUGAAGGCCAAAAGAAAAUGAUAGAACUUGGAAUAACUGGUCCUGAGGGGCAUGCACUUUCAAGGCCUGCAGUGUUGGAAGGAGAGGCAACUGCUCGUGCUAUCCGCUUAGCAGAUUUUGUGAAUACUCCUUUAUACGUGGUUCACGUAAUGAGCAUUGAUGCAAUGGAAGAAAUUGCCAAAGCCCGGAAAUCAGGACAAAGGAUAAUUGGGGAACCUGUUGCCUCUGGGUUAGCCCUUGAUGAAUCUUGGCUUUGGCAUCCUGACUUUGAGACUGCAGCAAAGUAUGUCAUGAGUCCCCCUAUUAGGAAACGAGGACAUGAUAAGGCCCUUCAAGCUGCCCUUUCAACAGGAAUUUUGCAGCUGGUAGGAACAGAUCAUUGUGCCUUUAAUUCCACCCAAAAAGCUCGUGGAAUUGAUGACUUCCGGAAAAUGCCUAAUGGUGUCAAUGGCAUUGAAGAAAGAAUGCAUUUGGUAUGGGACAUCAUGGUGGAAUCUGGCCAAAUAUCUGUCACUGACUAUGUCCGGUUAACGAGCACUGAAUGUGCUAGAAUCUUCAAUAUAUAUCCAAGGAAAGGAGCUAUUCUCCCGGGAUCUGAUGCAGAUAUUAUCAUCCUCAAUCCAAAUUCAAGCUUUGAGAUCAGUGCAAAGUCUCACCAUUCCAGAUUGGACACAAAUAUUUAUGAGGGAAGGAGAGGAAAGGGAAACAUUGAAGUGACUAUUGCAGGAGGAAGAGUUGUUUGGGAAAAUAAUGAACUGAAGGUGGCUCCUGGAACUGGGAGAUACAUCAAAAUGCCACCUUUUAGUUAUGUGUUUGAUGGAGUGGAUAAGAAGGAUGCCAUUUAUCUAAAUUCCCUUCAAGCCCCAGUGAAGCGACCCAAAACCAGCUCUUAGAAAAUUUCUGAUAUACAAAGAAGCUAAUCCAGUUCUGUGUAUAAAUAAAGAAAAAUAUGUAUAUCCAACUUUUGAGAUGCCUUGAAUUUAUAUUUUGUCCGUUACUAUUUCUAAUGAGGCUGUUAUAUUUUAUCUUUGUUAUAAGGCUAAAAGGCAUCUGUAUCAUAAAUCUCUAUUCAUUCAGAAAUAAAAAAACUCUUGAACUGCCCGUGUACGUAGGUCA